UGGUGCCGUUCGCCUCGCGACGUUGCAAUACACCACCCAUCUCACCUUCGCGGAGCACGUUCGCGUCAAGUGAAGGCAAGCGUGUGCGAAGCGCGGCCGCGCGGCUACACGCCCGCCUGUGCGCGCGCGUACGCACGCACGCACACACGCGGGGGUCGCGAACGGACACCUGUUGCACCAUCGACCUGAGCACAGUCGACGCCGAGCAGUCGUGGUCGCGGGUCCAAGGUGGUCUCCCCCCAGAGUGUACGUUCACCGAGUGCAUAAAUACAUCGACCGAGAAAUCUUCGCAGUGCUCGCGAUCUUUCCGAGCGGCUAUUUAAUUUAGCGAGCGUCUCUGCUAUUGUGCUAUUGUGAUACCGAAAGACCGGGCACGAUAUAAAAGCUCCAAAGAUCUCUCAUUUUAAAGAAUCAUCUGCCAGCGAGCUGUAACUGAAAGGAUACUUAUUAAAUGGUUAACAGUGCCUAAACAGCAAAAAUGUCAUUGAAUUUAGCCGACGAUCAGCGAUUUGCUUUAAUGAAGUUUCGGCGGUCUGUGCAAGAUAUCUUACAGCCGCACCACGAUGACCACUUUCUGCUUCGCUGGUUGAGAGCGAGAAAAUGGGAUCCUACCGCGGCGGAAAAAAUGCUGAGAAACUCGAUGGAAUGGCGGAAAAAAUGGGACGCUGAUAACUUAGAUAACUGGGAUCUUCCUGAAGUACUAAAGAAUUACCUGCCUUAUGGACUAUGCGGAUUUGACAAGGACGGGGCACCAGCGUUAAUCGUGCCAUUCGCCGGUCUAGACUUGUAUGGAAUAUUACACGUAGUAACGCAGAAGGAAUUCAUAAAAGCUCUGAUAAAAUUGUUAGACACACAUUUAAAGCUAGCCAAUGAGCAAGCCAAGAAGCAUGGACAGAUCGCUAAUCAACUAACCGUUAUUUUCGAUUUGGAAGGAUUUAAUCUUAAGCAGUAUUUAUGGAAGCCAGCUGGCGAGACGAUCAUCAGCGCCAUUCAAAUGUACGAGGCAAACUAUCCGGAAAUUCUUAAGAUGUGCUUUAUAAUCAAUGCCCCAGCAGUCUUCGCUUUUGCUUUCUCCAUUAUUAAGAAAUUCAUGGAUGACUAUACAAUAUCGAAAAUACAAAUUUACAAAAACGAUCCUGUGAAAUGGAAAGAGGCAGUUCUCCAACUCAUACCACGGGACCAAUUGCCCGCUCAUUUUGGCGGAACACUAACAGACUCGGAUGGCAAUCCGAGAUACACGACAAAAAUCUGCCAAGGAGGUAAAAUACCUAAAGACCAGUACGCUAAAAAAGUGGAUAAGCCAACCGACAACUACACUACCGUCGUCGUUCGAAAAGGAGGGAAGUUGGAAUUCGACAUUUCUGCGCCCGAAGAGGGUUCCAUCUUAAGUUGGGAAUUCCGAAGCGAAGGUCAUGACAUUAAAUUUGGAAUUUUGAAAAAGGACGUGGCCAAUGGUACGACAACGGAAGUUAUACCUGUCCGGAGGGUCGCGUCCCAUCAAACGGACGAAAUUGGAAUAUUAACUUGCGAAACUGCAACGACCUAUUCCCUUGUUUUCGACAAUACCUAUAGUGUUCUAAGGGAUAAGAAAGUCCAUUACUCCGUACGUGUGUUACCACCGGCACCCGUGUCAAUUAUGCAAUGAAAUGGAUACUUUUAGGAAAUUUUAGCAUUAGUUCUUGGUAACUUUACUCUUACACUUUAAGCUAGAAUUUCGGAAGGAUUUUACGUUAGGGUUUUGUAGCAAACUUAGGUAUGACGUAAGUUCUUUGUAUAAUUUAUAGGUCAUAGUAUUUUUGUUAUUUGACAUUUCCUUUCCUUUCUCCAUUUCCUCGUUGCUCGAAAGGUUACGUAGAUCUUAAUCGCAAUAGUGAUCACGGGACACACGAAUGCAAAUGCACAAGAAAUUAAUAAAUCCUAUUGUCUUAAUUUACAUAAUCUCUUUUAAAGGCAGGAUAACGGAAGGUAUCAUGAUUAUUAAAAAAAAAUAGACAUACAUUACAGUAUACGAAAAUGUAGUUUAUGUAUGUUUAUAAUUCAAGUUAUAUAUGUCUUUAUAUAUUUAAAAAAAACAAUAGAGAAAGACAA